AAACAGUUCGACAAGAAUUGGAGACUACAGCUAAAGAACAUAUUGGUCUUUCUCAGAAAAUAAGAGCUGAACUUGAACAAGAAUUGACUGAUUUUAUCACAAAACAAAAGGAAAAGAGGAAAAUG